UCCAGGAGCGCGUUCUCGAUGCGGCGUCCCCUGAGGUCCGAGGUGUGUGAGGUGUGAGUCCGUGGAGGUGAUGGAUGCUUUCCUUAUUGUAGCUCGUCUACACAUGUGAACGAUGAUGUUUCUGCUCGCUGUUUUCACGGACACGUUUCCCUCCGCCUCUUCUAACACUGUCAUCUGUUAGUUAACUCUCCAGUGGGUCAGGGCGGGUCGGUGUAGUUGCUGGUUUCUUUCUCUGCUUCAGCCACUGGAGUUUAAAACAAGCCCCGCGGAGGUGAGGACGUGUUUGGGGUCUGUCUUGAAGUAAACCUUCGCUUCUUCCGCAGCUAAUGUCCUCACACUUUACACUUUAUGUAACACUCAACUUCCUGGUUGAGUAUUGAGUCCUAACUUCGCACACAGUGUUCGCACUGCGAUGGGAGUAAAGUCAGAGUUCGCUUCUUCGAGGCUGGCAGUAGUUAGCUGUUUAGCCUGCUAGCUUAGUGUCUGCUCGUCAUGAUGAGCUCAGGCUAAACAGACUGAAGUAGAAUGACAGAUCCAACAGUCCCCUUGAAUCCAGGCAAGCUGCUCCACCUCUCACACGAUCAGAGAUGUCAGUCCACUAAGUGUGUCUUCAUCAAGAUCCAUGAGUUACUCCCUGGGAAAAUGCCAUCAUCCAACAUCUAUGAAAACCUAACAGACCUCACUCCUCCUCUUCCUCCGCUGAUCUACACUGCAGUGCAAUGAAGCACCCACACAGGAGGUGCCAGACCCCUCCCUCAGUAACCGUCCGGGUCAAACCCAACAGCGCUCACACACUCCAAAUCAGGAGAGGUCUUCGGUUGAAGAGAGCCAACGGCCAAGACGCCCAGGGCCCGGCCGGGAAGAGCGCGCCGAGCCGGCUGCAGGUUGCGACGCCUAAGGCCAGAAUCCCCUUGGCUCCAACUAUUGUCAUCCAGAGUCAGGAAAUGGCGUCGUACUUCAGACUUUUUGAUGAUGACCUCAUUCAAGACUUCCUGUGGACGGACUGCUGCCGCAAACUGACAGACAAGUACCUUCUAGCCAUGACCUUUGUAUACUUCAAAAGGGCCCGCUUCACUAUUGACGAGUACACCAGGAAGAAUUUUUUCACCGCACUGUAUCUUGCCAACACCAUGGAGGAGGAGGAGGAAGAGAGCAAGUACGAGAUUUUUCCGUGGGCGCUGGGCAAGAGCUGGAGGAGGCAGUUUCCCCGCUUCCUCAAGCAGCGAGACAAGCUGUGGGUUCGCAUCGAGUACAGAGCGGCUGUCAGCAGGCGCUGCUGCGAAGAGGUGAUGGCCAUCGUGCCCGCUCACUUUGUGUGGCAGCGGGAGCGAUCAGAGCACCACAGCGGAGCCCAGCGACAGUACAGUGACAAAGUCAACAUCAGUAUCCCCCGUGGACCCUUCGCCUCCCCAGUCACCUGUGUCCUCUGUCACCACAGCACCAGGUUAGACCAGGGCCUGGGCUCCUCCCAUCCCAACAGAGGAUCUCCUGCACCGAGCCCCAACGCCACCUAUCCAGACCCGUUCACGGCCUUGCUGACUUUGGAGACCACCCCGCUCAGGGCUGCGGCCACUGGCAGGAAGGCGGCAGAGACUAAAAGCCACGUCCGGCCUCCGUCCUGCUGCUGUGCUGAAGGGGUUCCUAGGGAGGAUUCUUCCUGUGGCUCUACUCUGGACACCUCUAUGAACUGGAUCAGUGAGGAGUAGAGCGCCGCCACUGCCGCGGUUUUACUACGUCCGUCUUUAUACCAACAAAGAAGUCGUCAUAUUCUGCAUAACUUGCAGUCAGAUUAAUGUAAUAUGCCAAAGAGUAUUACUGUAAAGGUUUGUUUAACCUGCACUGAGUUUCUGCUAUAUAUUUAUAUACAUAUAUAUUUUUACUUAUUUAUUUUGUAUUUAUCACAGCACUUUUUGGGACAACCACUCAUUAACAAAUUGGGGGGGGAGUCCCUUUGAAUGAAUUGAAGUUUCGCCACACAAUGUCGCUCACUGUAUUGGAGUUCUGUUGGGUGUGUGUUUGUAAUGUUUGUGUUCCACUUAAAUGAUACAACACUGUCUAUUGAGUUUUCAAUAAAAGGUUGAACAGGAA